GUAAAAAUCUUCACAGCUUCUUGUCACACAGCUGCACCACUGAACUGGAUCAUAUGUGAGAAUGGAAAGCAUCAGUGUGGAAACGGACUGGGACGGGUUAGCCCUCUCCUCUCUGGUCGCCACCGGAAGGAACAACUUCUCUUCCUCGUCCUUGUUUGUCUCGGAGCUGAACUCGUUCAACACUUCUCACAGCGGGGGAUCCUUCUUUGGGAUCUUCCCUGAGAACGGCUCCGCCACCACUCCUCACACCCUGCCCCAGCCCAGGGCCAGGGACCUGAGCCUGGCCAGGGCGGAGAUUGCGGUGCUCGGGCUGGUGCUGGCUCUUACCACCCUGGGGAACAGCUUUGUGUUGUGGGUGCUGCUGAGGAGGAGGAAGCACAAUGCGCCCAUGCAUGUGUUCAUGGUCAACCUGUGUGUGGCUGAUCUGGUGGUGGCCCUCUUUCAGGUUCUUCCUCAGCUAAUAUGGGACAUAACGGAGAGGUUUCAGGGGCCCGACUUGCUCUGCCGGUCCAUCAAGUACUUGCAGAUUGUGGGCAUGUUUGCGUCCUCCUACAUGAUAGUUGCCAUGACAGUGGACCGGCACCAUGCCAUCUGCUGCCCGUUGCAGGCCUACCGUGGGGGAGCAGUGUCCCGCUGGAACACCCCUGUCAUGGUGGCCUGGGCCCUGGCACUAAUCCUCAGCAUACCGCAGGUGUUCAUCUUCUCCCGCUCAGAAGUGGCUCCUGGAGAGUUCGAGUGCUGGGGUCACUUUGCUGAGCCAUGGGGGCUGAAGGCCUACGUCACCUGGAUGACUGUGGCUGUCUUCCUCCUGCCCGCGCUCAUCAUAACCAUCUGUCAGAUAAGAAUCUUCCGAGAGAUUCACAAUAACAUCUACCUGAAGUCAGAGAGGGUGGUGAUGGCUGAGCUGAAGAAGAAUGAAAUCUUCUUCCGCUUCCACAGCUUUAAGAAGGAGGAUGAGCGGGCCAGGGAGAGGGCGGGGCGGGCGUCCGGAGGUGGGGGCAGGGAGGCGAAAGGAGGACAGCACUUAAAGGCCACGAGUAAUGGCCCUCACAAUAACAUUCACAAUAGCCAAGUGGGAGAGUGUUACGACUAUGUACCAUCAUCUGCUAUUCAGUAUAACAGUUGCCGUGGUGAACAUGUGACAACAACAACAACAACAACAACAGCAGCAGCAGCAUCAGCAGCAGCAUCGCCAACGCAGCAGCAAACAGUGAACUGCUCCGAUUGCCAGGAGUCCUACACGUCCUACGAGCUGACCACAGGCUCACCCCGCUGCUCCCUGGACUACGCCCCCCCCCUCCCUCCUGCUGCUCCCCCUCCAAGCAUCACUAAAGCCAUGUCCAAAACAGUGAGAAUGACUCUGGUGAUUGUGCUGGUCUACACUAUCUGCUGGUCACCGUUCUUCAUCGUCCAGCUGUGGGCAGCCUGGGACCCCAACCCCCCAGACCAAGGAGUGGCCUUCACUAUCCUGAUGCUGCUUGCCAGUCUGAACUCGUGCACCAACCCGUGGAUCUACACAGCUUUCUCCAGCAGCGUGUCCACAGAGCUGCAGAACCUUCUGAGCUGCUGGUCGCGACCCGGCCGCCGGGGCUCCCUGCCCGACGACUCCACCACCACACACACCUCCACCACCAAGGACGGCCUGUACUGA